AUGAGGUCAUCGCAAGAAAACUCUCAGCUUAGUUUAUUUAGCAGUGAUUCUUCUCAGAAAUCAGUGAAUGUUACCACCGUUCUUCCUGCAGAACCAAUCUCUGAUUUUUAUUCGAUGCAAAAUCCGAUUAUUCAUGCUUCAUUAUCUACGAAUUUUCGACACAAUUCAACCCCUCAGGAGUAUUUUACAUCCAGUCAGCCGCGUUUGGUUGAUGAGAAAAUUUAUGAAGUGUUGAAACCAGUGAAACAUCCAACAGCUCGACAUUGUUCCGAAUCUUCGGAAACCUUUCCAGCAUCAUUUUCUCAAAGUGGAGGUGCGAAACUGUUGAACUGUUUGAAAACUUCAAAAGCUGUUGAUCAGGCAGAUCAGGCAGUUGUUGAUCAGGCUUUCAAUAUCAAUGAUAUGGAAAUGGAAGCUACUCAACCAAACAUGGAUUUACCGUUAGCGACAAAUUUUAGUACAAUAUCUAACAGAAGCAAUUAUGGACAAGAAAAUCGACGAACUGUGGGUGUCCAAACUGAACACUGCCUAUCGAUCAGCGAUUUGUUGAAUGAUUCAUCACGGCUUGAGGAGUAUUUGACUGCAAAACUUGAGGAUCACCAAUUUAUGCAACUCGUUGAGAAGUGUUCACAAGUUUAUGAUACAAUUUUUCGUACAAUGGAAG